AUGCUGGAGCUGGCGGUGCAGAAGGUGGUGGUCCACCCCCUGGUGCUGCUCAGUGUGGUGGAUCAUUUCAAUCGAAUAGGCAAGGUUGGAAACCAAAAACGUGUUGUUGGUGUGCUUUUGGGGUCGUGGCAAAAGAAAGUACUCGAUGUAUCCAACAGUUUUGCAGUUCCUUUUGAUGAAGACGACAAAGAUGAUUCUGUCUGGUUUUUAGACCAUGAUUACUUGGAAAACAUGUAUGGAAUGUUUAAGAAGGUCAACGCCAGAGAAAGAAUAGUUGGGUGGUACCACACAGGCCCUAAACUACACAAGAAUGACAUCGCCAUCAAUGAACUCAUGAAAAGAUACUGCCCUAACUCAGUAUUGGUCAUCAUUGAUGUGAAGCCAAAGGACCUGGGACUGCCCACAGAAGCAUAUAUUUCGGUGGAAGAAGUUCAUGAUGAUGGAACUCCAACCUCAAAAACAUUUGAGCAUGUGACCAGUGAAAUUGGAGCUGAGGAAGCCGAGGAAGUCGGAGUUGAACACUUGUUACGAGACAUCAAAGACACUACAGUGGGCACUCUCUCCCAGCGGAUCACAAACCAGGUCCAUGGUCUGAAGGGACUCAACUCCAAGCUCCUGGACAUCAGGGGCUACCUGGAGAAGGUGGCCACUGGCAAGCUGCCCAUCAACCACCAGAUCAUCUACCAGCUGCAGGAUGUCUUCAACCUGCUGCCAGAUGUCAGCCUGCAGGAAUUUGUCAAGGCCUUUUACCUGAAGACCAACGAUCAGAUGGUGGUGGUAUAUUUGGCCUCACUGAUCCGUUCUGUGGUCGCCUUGCACAACCUCAUCAACAACAAGAUUGCCAACCGGGACGCAGAAAAGAAAGAAGGGCAAGAAAAGGAAGACAGCAAAAAGGAUAGAAAAGAUGACAAAGAGAAAGAGAAGGAAAAGAGUGAUGUAAAGAAAGAAGAGAAAAAGGAGAAAAAAUAA